GAAGAUUAUGGACCAGACUGUGAUAGCAUGAGGAUAACGGCAUUCUUGGAUAUUCCUGGACAGGAUAAUUUAACUCCACUGGCUCGUCUAGAAAAAUAUGCCUUCAGUGACAACAUAUUUAAUAGGCAAAUUAUUGCCAGAGGUCUUUUGGAUGUCUUUCGAGAUUUCAGUAAUAAUGAAGAUGACUUCCUGACUGUAAUGGAAAUAGUGGUCAGGCUCUCUGAAGAUGCAGAACCAACUGUACGUACAGAGCUGAUGGAACAAAUACCUCCUAUUGCCAUUUUUCUGCAAGAAAGUCGACCAAAAUUCCCAACAGCAUUUUUUGAGUACCUUAUGCCCAUAGUAGUGAGAUACCUCACAGAUGUUAACAAUCAGGUUAGAAAGGCAGGUCAAGAAGCACUGCUUAUACUGUUAGAACAAGAUCUUGUUGCCCAGAGUGACAUUGAAAAUAAGGUGUGUCCAAUUCUGUUGGACCUCUCUGCUCCUGACAGUGAUGAUGAGUACAAGGUGGAAGCCGUGAAUAUAAUCUGUAAAAUGGCUUCUAUGUUGAGCAGAACCACAGUUGAGCACAUGUUGCUUCCUCGUUUCUGUGAACUGUGCAGUGAUGGGAAAUUGUUUCAAGUCCGAAAGAUUUGUGCAGCAAAUUUUGGUGACAUUUGUAAUGCAGUUGGGCAAGAAGCCACAGAAAGACUGCUGAUUCCCAAGUUCUUUGAACUCUGUUCUGACAGUGUUUGGGGAAUGAGAAAAGCUUGUGCUGAAUGUUUUAUGGCAGUAUCUUAUACCACAUCCCCGGAAGUUCGCAGAAGCAAACUAUCCCCACUGUUUAUCAGUCUUAUUAGUGACACUUGCAGAUGGGUUCGUCAGGCUGCUUUUCAGUCUCUUGGCCCGUUUAUUUCUACCUUUGCAAACCCUUCAAGUGCUGGUCUUUACAUUCGAGAAGAUGGGACACUGAGUAUCCGACCAUCAAUGCAAGAUGUGAAUUCCAAUUCCUGUCAGCCAAGCAACAAUAUAACUUUAAUGUCCUCCAGUACAAAUGCUGUAUUGUCCAGUUCAGAACAACCAAUGGAAAUCAAACCGGAGUCAUCGACUGAGGAGACUUCAGCUGAAGUUAAUACCAAGCUCUCAGCUGAGAACCUAAAUAAAGAUACACGGGAAGAAAGUUCAGAUUAUUGUAACAAUCCUGGAGAAGAUGUGUCUCGAUUGUCUCAGGGUGACCAAGUUGCUGCUGGUGUCAUAGAAGUCACUAAGGACAGCAGUUUUCCUGGAACGAACUUAAGGCUACAGUCUGCUGAGGACGUAUUUAAUACUUUUCUAUACUGGCGCCCUCCUCUGCCUGAUAUAAGUCAGGAUCUGGAGUUGCUUCAGUUCAAGACUGAAAAGCACAAAGAUAGCUGCUCUGUGCCAUGUAAUAGCUGUGUUGCUAGUAGUGAAAUAAAAAAAGUUCUAGAAAGCUUACAGGAGCACAUAGACGAUCCAGACGUUCAAGCUCAGGUCCAAGUGUUGUCUGCUGCGCUUCGAGCUGCUCAGUUUGAUUCUGUUGGUGACUAUGAGACCAAAAAGAUGGAAGAAAGCAGUGGCAAACUUCAGAACAAAACUAUUUCAGAUGAAACAGCUGUUUUGGAUGCUACCUGCAAGCAGGUGGAGGAAGAUGAUCUUUCAUCACCCGCCUCCCAGGAUAAUAUCAGUGACCAGUCUACCACCAAUAUACUGAAAAGCACAGACCCAGAGGAACAACACAGAGGAACCAGUGUAUUUUUAAAGAAAGAACAAGAAAAUAAUCCACCAUUUGAAGAUGACAAGUCAAAAUUACAGGAUAUCAUACCUCAACCUUUAUUAGACCAGUACUUGUCAAUGACUGACCCGGCUCGAGCCCAGACUGUUGAUACUGAAAUAGCCAAACACUGUGCGUAUAGUCUUCCUGGGGUGGCCUUGACACUGGGCAGGCAGAACUGGCACUGCCUGAAAGAUACAUACGAGACGCUGGCCUCAGAUGUACAGUGGAAGGUGCGUCGGACGCUAGCUUUCUCCAUACAUGAACUAGCGGUUAUUCUGGGGGAUCAGCUAACAGCUGCUGAUCUGGUGCCAAUUUUCAAUGGCUUCUUGAAAGAUCUGGAUGAAGUGCGUAUUGGUGUCCUUAAACAUCUGUAUGACUUUCUAAAGUUACUUCAUGCAGACAAAAGGCGAGAGUAUCUUUACCAACUUCAAGAAUUUGUGGUGACUGAUAACAGCAGGAACUGGAGGUUUCGUUACGAGCUGGCAGAGCAGCUGAUCCUGAUUCUGCAACUCUACAAUCCCAAUGAUGUCUAUGACUACUUAAGACAUAUUGCACUAACUCUCUGCUCCGAUAAAGUUUCAGAAGUUCGGUGGAUCUCCUUCAAACUGGUUGUAGCAAUACUACAGAAGUUCUACGCAAACAAUGCGAAUGCACUGGGAUUAAAUUUCAUUAAUGAACUUGUAGUGCGGUUUCGUCACUGCUCCAAGUGGGUUGGAAGACAGGCUUUUGCCUUCAUUUGUCAGGCUGUAGUAGAAGAAGAAUGUAUGCCUGUCGACCAAUUUGUUGAACACCUACUCCCUAGUCUUUUAAGUCUUGCUUCAGAUCCUGUGCCAAACGUAAGGGUGCUGCUUGCCAAGGCUCUAAGGCAGACGUUGCUGGAGAAAGCUUAUUUUAAAAGUGUUGGCAAUCCUCAUCUAGAAGCUGCAGAAGAGACCAUUCUAGCCCUGCAGUCUGACAGAGAUCAAGAUGUGUCCUUCUUUGCCACCAUAAAACUAAGACAGGGUAACAUGGACAGUACUACCAUUGAAAAACAAAACUAAUGUCGUCUUCUGCAGUAAAUACUGAACAUGGAAAUGGUUGUUUGCCUUAUGUUUGCAGUUAGUGUGAAUAAUGUGGACAAAUAAGGUUUUUGUUACCUACUUGAGCUGGAAAGGGUCUAUU